ACAUAUGAAUUGCUGUAAUUUUGUCGAUGAAUUUCAUUGAGUCAGCGUUUUCUAAGUACAAAUUCCUUAGAUAUCAGUCAACCCGAACAGGCCGGAAAAUGAAAGUCUGGCAACAUUUACUGAACUGUCCAGUGAAAUUAUUAAUUACUCUUAGAGUUGACAAUGUAGAUAUUUAGAGUUGGAAUGUCUAUGAAAAAUUCAAAACAUAGUCAGAGAACAGAUUGACCGUAUAAUAUCGCAGAAUAUUGCAAUACCAAUAGCUCUAAAACACUGACCAGGGCCAAAUUCAGUCACUUAGAAAAUGAAUUCAGAAUCGUAUUCACCGACUGUGAAUAUAUUCAUGCGUGGUCUUCAAUUCAAGGGAUUUUUGUUUUCUCAUUCAUCAAUCGAAGAUAUUGUUUUCAAAUGCUGUUUUGAAUGCUUGCCGCUGCAUCAGAUAUUCAAGUUCUUUUGUGAACAGUAUUUAUUGAAUUGCUAAAAGUCCUUUGUUACGUCCGCCUACAAAAAAAGGUCAUUCUUUGUACAAGUGAAGUUAAUUUUAACCAUUUCGGUACACAAAAUGAUUUUCUCUGAAARUAUUUUCACUUUCGGAAUGUAAUACAGAAGUUAAAAGUUCGAGCGGUGAAAAAGUUGGCAGUUUUGUUUACGUUCCUCAUUGUUUGGCCGUAUUUGCUCACCUUUGCAACAGAAUGCAAAUACGUUAGAAAUUUGAAUAUUUUGCAAGUGACUAAAGCUAGGUUGAUCUCUGCGUGUCUUGUAAACUUUGUCACUACAAUACCGCCACCAGUUCCUCYCUUGUUGUGCAGUUCUUWUGGCCGUCACAAUGCAUUUGAUGAUCCCACAACGUCCUAGGCUUUGUGUUUGCUAUCUUUUUUGUGGUGCUUUUUUGUGAAGACGAUUAACGGUCAACUGCAUCGACGACAAAGAAAGUCAAACCAGCAUCGUCUCUAUUGUUUGGGAAAUUUGGCUUUUCAUUCUUUACUGUGUUGUUCCUUGGAUUGAGAAUGACGGAGGUUCUAUUAUACAACGAUGGCAAAGCCGUCCUCAAGGUGGAACGAGGAACACCUCUCAGCGUUAUCAAGAUGUUAUAUAAUGCAGAUCCUAAAAAUAAAGGAACAGUAAUAGCCGCAUUACGACCCAGAACAGAGGAAUCGUUACCAUGCUUGGUAACUUUAGAUAAAUCUACGUUAACUCAAGAAAAAUAUGAUAUUAUUGCUUUCGAGCAACCAAAACCUUCACAAAGACUUCCCGAGUAUCAAAUGGGACAACCUAUAAUAACSAUGGGGCUAAACGGCCAGGURCAAAGCGCUACAAUGAUUCCUACUGGAUGGCCUGUCAAUCCACCAGGGCUCACAUACGCCCCAGUAACUCAAUUACUACAGAACAACACUGCUGGUCACAUAAACUCUACGUCAUCGAACUCAAAACCAACACUUAUGCACGUGAACACCUCACUGACAUGCGCAUCACCUAUUAUUAGUAAUGUUAUAUCUAAUGCAACCCCCGGACAGGCUCCGAGUUCAGUACCCCAUGCAGGUUCUCUGUCAAAUAUUAUACCAAGAAAGAGUCCAUUAACAUUAAAACCAACGAACACUCCUUCAUCACGGAGAAAGCGUUCAAGUCACAAAACUGCUUAUCCUAGAAAGAUAACUCUAGUAGUUCCAGACAAUGUCACUGAAUCACCGGGAAUUAAUGUUAAGAAAUUUCUAUAUCCAAAGCCUGUUCGAAGAUUAAGCAAUUCUAAUUCGGAUGAACACCGACAGGUCUCCGACGAUCCAAAUCCAGUAGUCGUCUGCGAUAGUACUGCAGGUCACGAAAAUGGCCGACUAUCCUCCGAAGGAACUCCGUCACCGCCGAAAGAAGAACGAGGAUCACUUGCGACGAACUGYCAUCCACGAAUGCUAGAGUCCAGUCCCCCUUCUUCUGAACCGAGCGUCACCGAGGGUCAUUAUCAUAACCAGMGAUCCGAUGGCAGUUCACCCGAGCAUGAUUCGAGUUUAGAGGAAAAUGAAAACCAUCCUUUAAUGGUUGACAGUGAUGGCAAAGAGAGUUAUGGGAACGAUUCUGAUAAUGGAAUUGCAACACAAAGUGGGAUUUCGAAUCUAACCGAGCACAGAGCGUACCACCCUGCAGAACCGCGUACACAGCAAAUAGAUAACAAUGGGUCCCGCUUCACUCGGGAUGAUGUGAGUCAAUACCCGAGGAGUCAUUACCGUUCUAAUGAGGAUAAUGAUGUGAACGACUCUCAAUAUCCUACUGCUAUUGUACGACUAGAAAACACGGUUCGAGUCAAAGCAGAGCCUCUCGAUCGAAACAGCCCAUCGGCGUGUCACAACUUGGAAACAAAUGGCGUCACCAUGGUAACAUCAGAAGGAGCCCACAGUUCGAUGGACAGCGAACAAUACCUACCAAGUAGUUCUAUACGACGAGGGUCCUUAGGACAGGACGGAGUAAUAGGAAUUCCCCCUAUGCACCCCGGUACGCCGGGUAUAUCUACGAGUAAUUCAACAGGUAUUACCACUAGUAUAACACCAUACCCCCCGGGUUAUCCAAGAACUGCUUCGGARGGUGUGGCAUUUCGAUGUGAACAGUGUCAAAAAGAAUUCGACACGUCAGCCGCUCUGGAAAGACAUAAACGAUCGCACAGUGGCGAAAGGCCGUACAAGUGUAAAAUAUGUGGCUGGGGAUUUAAUUUAAGCGGCAAUCUCAAUCAACACAUGGCGAUACACCAGAAGGUUAAACCGUUCAAAUGUGUGUAUUGUGGAAAGACUUUCGCACGCUCCAACGUCCUCAAGGCGCAUGUGCGUUGUCAUACCGGCGAACGGCCAUAUCAGUGCGAUCUGUGUGGUGCUAAGUUUAUAAUUCCACAUAAUUUGAAGAAACAUCUACUCAACCGCCACCAAGUUGUGUGGGAGGAGAGACGGUGGUCAAAUAGUAGUAAAUCUGAAAGCUGAGAGCUUGUUGAUAAAAUGGAAUAUCCAGAAACACUAACACUGAGAGAUAAGCCUAAAGGCUGGACAUAAGCUAUUGUAAUAAAUAAAAUGUAUGUACAGUCCUAUUUAAUAUAUGAGCCUGGGGCGAGGCUCCAUGAGAAAUGUCUAAAGGCGGGAUGUAAAGAGGUUAAUUAUAAGAGUUAGGAUAGAUAGAUAAGUUAAUGGUUCUUGUCUCCUUCGCUGUCGUUUUUAGAGACUAAAAAUGAAAGACGGCGAGGGAGAUAAAUGACAUUGCUAAUCAAAACGAAUUGUGCACUGGGACAAAACUGUGCUUCUCCGCAUCGAAUAUAGAAAGAAUCCUACAGGCUAGAAAUGGCCUCUAUUCGCCUAAGAAAUACUGAUUAAAACCUUAAUAGGUGUUAUGUGCAUAACUACCUUAACGGUGCUUAUUAGACAAGCAAUCUAUCAUUUCUUUCGGCGAUAAUCACUUUUAAAUGGAGACAACCGUUCAAAUAUUUUGAUGUGAACAAAACAGUGCACGUAAUGCCUACGGUAGUUUUGAAAUAUGUUUACUGCACGGAUUCUUUUUGAUUAGUAAUUAGUCACCAGGAAGAAAGGUAAUCAUUCUAGUUAGCUACAAUGCAUCAUGGGUACUGGGAUGUUUGUAAAUAGAUAUGYGCCAUGCGCAAUGAAUUCUGGUACCAAUGGUUUUGAUUUUAGAUUGUCGUCACGUGACACUUWAAAAACUGGCCUUCACCAGCAAUGUGCGGAUCGAAGGUGCACUUUGGYGGUGACCGCCAUACUUGCAACCCACUGAAACCAAAACUGAUAACAAAUGUGGAAAAACAUAUGAAAUACAAAAAAUUUAAAUGAGGUUUCACAGACCCGAGGACCACAACAAAAAAAAAAAACGAUUUGUAAAUUCUCUCGCGUGACGUUUCUAUUUAUUUGAGAGGCAAAGGUACUCAGCAAUUUGCAAAUAAAAUGUUUAUAGAUCACGGAUUGAAACUUUCAAGUUCAUUCCUAAAGUUCAUUUUUUUAAAAAUCARUUUGUUUCGGUGUCAGCCGUAUCUCAUAACAGCUGCUCAUGACUCGUAGACAAUAUUAUCUCGUCAAUCAGAUAAGSAUGAGCUGAUCUAUCACAAACGUGUGGGACGUAUUGACAGCACACAAUGCACGCGCAUGUGUGAUACAGAAAGUACUGUACGAUGACGACAAUCUAAGUUCAAAGGGAUGGUAAAAGAAAGGGUAUACUCGUAUUGUUCUCGUGAAGUUUAUUGAAGAAAAGACAAGGAUGUAAAAGUAAUCAAAGGUAUUGAAAUGGAAGGAAUAUUAUAAGUAAAAAAUAUCCGAUAACCAAGGCAA